CAUACUGAACUAGAAUUCUCUGUUGGGUGAUUUGGCGAUUGAUGCGGUUGGUGUUUUUGGUGCGGUUGGCGAGUUUCUACAGUUAUUGAAUUCCUUUGAUUAUUGAUUUUCGGUUUUUGACUCUCUUUCGGACUUUGACUAUCGGCUUUGGAUUUGCGACACAUUUUGAUUCUCGGUUUUUGACUCCCUUCUGUUUUUGACGCUCGAUUUUUGACUUCUUUGGAUUCCCGUUUUUGACCCUUUUCUGGUUUUGACUCUCGGCUUCGGACUCUCCUCGGAUUGGUUAACAGCUCGGCGACUGAAAAAAACGCCGAUCCUUUCAUUGAAAUGGGAGUGUUCGGAGUUUUAUCAGUGUGUCUGGAAACACAGAGAGCUGUGUUUGGUGUGCCCCUGAUCGGCCUGAGGAGGAGUGGACAGAUGAGGCAGGGUCUUCCUCUAGCGCUCAUGCACAUAGUGGAGUUUGUGGAGAAGCAUGGUCUCAGAGAGAGUGGACUGUUCAGGGUUGGCGGGAAAGUGAAACGCUGCCAGGAAUUGAGGAAAAGUUUUGAUCAAGGAGGCGUUCCGGAGUUUGACAGUGAGGAUAUUCCUACUCUCGCCUCAUUACUGAAACUUUUCCUCAGGGAAUUACCUGGUGGACUUAUUCCAGAGCCACACAGGACACAACUGCUGAAUGUGUUCAGGGAUUCAAAAGAGGAAGAAAUGAAUCAGGCUUUGAGGACAAUCCUGAACAGUCUUCCUGAGGAACAUUUUAACGUCCUCUGCUACCUGUCAUUCUUCCUGUCCCGUGUGGCUGCCGGGAGUCAUCUAAAUCUUAUGACAUCCAAGAACUUGUCAAUAGUUUUUGGACCCACCAUCUUUCACGUACCUCUCAGCCCCACCAUGGUUGAGGAACAGGGGCUGUGUAAUGCUUUGACAGAGCACCUGCUGAACAACCUGAAACAUUUGCUGCCAAACAUGUACCCUCAUGUGUCCACCAGCAACACAGCAGAGGCAGGGGACACUCACUGGACUGAUGAAGAGUGUGCCCAACAGCUGCCACUCACAGAAAUCAGAUCAGAGCUACCUAAAAUUGGACGACUUGGGCGAUUGAGAAAAAGAUUAAGAAGUUUUGGAAGAAAGUUUUGCUCAUGCUUUGGCAGUAACAAAAUAGAGAAUGGAGAGGUCUCUGCAUGAAUGGAGACCUAGACGUAGGUCAGUAGAAGAUAGUUGGGCCGAUGAUCCUGACUGCAAGACACUGCGAUCUUUAAGGGUCACUGGAAGACAAUGAGGCCAGUGAGGGUCACUGCAUGACAUUGAGACCGGUGUGGGUCUCCAGAAGAAAAUUGGGCCGCCCUGUAAGACACUGGGGCCACUGAGCCUCAUCUCGAGACAUUGGGGCCAGAGAGGGUCACCAGAAGACACUGGGGUCACCACACAGCACUGGGGCCGGUGAGGGUCACCGGAAGUCAUUGGGGCCAGAGAGGGUCACCGGAAGACACUGGGGCCGGUGAGGGUCACCACACAGCACUGGGGCCGGUGACCCUCACCGUGAAACACUAGGGCUGGUGAGGUCUCCACAGAGCACUGGGGCCGGUGAAGGUAACCUCAAGACACUAGGGCAGGUGAGGGUCACCGGAAGACAUUGUGGCCGGUGAGGGCCACCACACAGCACUGGGGAUGGUGAAGUUAACUGCAAGACACAAGGUCUGGUGAGAGUCACUGGAAGACAACUGUGUCAUAAAACAGAGCAUCAGUACAGGGUGUCGUAAGGACAAUGUACAACACUUGAAAUGCAACACAUAACAAUGGUGAUGGACGACAGCAGGUGUGAUUAUGAAGAUACAGACAAGACAGAUGCUGAUGUUGACUCUGAAGCUGAUUCAAUUAAAGCUUGUCAUUUUCAGUCAA